AUGCGGGAGGACGUGGCCAAUCAUUACGGUCCUUGCAUAGACAUGAACGUUAAUGGGGGAGAAAAAUAUAUCAGAGAGAAGGGUCAGAUCUUCCGACCGAGCUCGAUAGAGAGAAAGAUUUUCAAGACUCCGGCCCAUUCUCGUAGCUUGCGAGAUCCGAACCACCGCCACUCAGCGGUCUCUGACGCCCCGUUUAGGGAUACAGCCGCUGAUGUACGAGUUGGUCAAGCUAGUGGUAGCUUCACCAUUGAUCGAGGCUGCCGUGUCGGUGCACUGGGUGUCAAAAAACGAGGUGCAAAGAAAAGGUGCAAAGGUGCAUCGACCGGAUUUGCAGUUCCGAGGUGCAGUCCUGGCUUGAAUUUGACGAUUCCUCGGGAGGGACUGAACUGGCGCUGGGAUUUCACACGUAUGGUUCGUGGUGGACUACCAUGCACGGCUUUCGGAUGGGCAUCUGAUGUUGCAGCUCGUCUAUGGAUCCACCCACAAAAUCGGCCGACAGCGUCCUUCCUCAGAACACUGCUGUCGAACGCCUUAAACCGUGCCUUGCAGAGCCUUGACGAAAUUGUUUGCGUAUUGGCGUUGGAUGUCGGCCCGCAAGGCGUUAUCGACGGGAAGUCUCCAUAUCCCGUCUCUCAAUCUGCCGUAGCGAGGCCAUUACAGUACUCUCUGAGAGGUUGGACCCUGCAACUAGUUUCCGGCAUCCGAGUGCGUUUCCUUCAGUUUGUACCAGAGGCGUUCGUCUUGCUGUAUCUGCACUCGGAGGAUUCGGUACACACCGCAGUGACAUGCAGGCGAGGAGGAGCGGAGAGUGCUAGUGAGGGUUGGACCAUGAUGGCCGCACGGUGA